CAAACUCUUUGCAUUGUUAUUUUUCAUUGACGGUCUCCUUGACAACGCGGACGGAAGUGGCGUUGAUUUUCGCGCAAGGAAACUCGUCCUGCUCCUGGCGCGCCAAAUUUCAAAGCACUUCCUGGGGAGAGGAGGCGAUAAGAUUUACCACGGAGCACAAAUAAAAGACUUGCGUAGCGUUUUACAAAACAUAUACCUUCAUAUUUUGGGUAUGUCAUGCUUUUAAUGAAGACCAGCAAUUGAGCAUCUGGCCACUGCAUAUCCACUUUUAAUGUUUCAUCCAGCUGUGCUGCAGCGUUUUAAUUUGUCCUCUACAUAUUUUAAUAAUAGUUUAGCAUGUCAUAUUUAAUUUACUGGGCGUAAUAAGCUUUUAUAAGGGUCAUAUUUGAAAGUCUUUCUGAGAGGAGGAUCUUCAAUGGAGGACGUUUAUCUCAGUGUUAUGUGAGAGCUGCUGUUUGCUGGCUGUGUUGCGGUUUUUCCUGCACAGUUAUUUGUGGGAUGUCAAAAUGUCGUCAGGAGUCCAGCCGUGUUUUCAGUUGUUGAGGAUUGGAUUGUCUGACACAAACAAUAGUAACGCUCAGGGAAAUGCGUCGUCAGACUCCGUCCGUGACCUGUACACUUUCCGGCCUGCACUGGCCCAGUGUGUGUUUCGUUUGGGACGGGCCACGGAGCUGUGUGACGUCACCCUGGAGUCCAUGAUUGUGUCCCGUAUCCAUGCAGAGCUCCAUGUGGAAAGAGAAACUGAUGCCUCUGGAGAGGAGAGCUGGAAAGUGCAAGUGAAGGAUCGCAGCAGUUAUGGCACGUGGGUAAAUGACAUGCGCCUCCAACAAGAGGUCUUAAAGGAAAUCUUUGAUGGCGACACGCUCACCAUCGGCGGCCAAUCAGGACGGGCUAGUCCAGAGUUCUACUUCCUCUUCCAGAAAGUACGGGUUCGUCCGCUGGACUUUGAUGCCAUCACUGUGCCCAAAGCGGGUUCCUUCUCUUCCGACAUAAAGAACCGGAUCAGAACGUGCUCGGAUCGUAAACCGGACCCAGCUCUGGACAUCUCAAAGCUGUCCAUCAACAGAGCCACGGUCAUCCUCAACUCCAUCGGCAGCCUGAGCAAGAUGAACGGCAGCUGCUGGACCUUCAAGAAGAGCGAAAAUACAAGCACCUUAAAUACGCCGGUGUUCACCGCUCUGGCCCCGCCCACGACUCCGCCUCCUUUCCAGGCCGCUGGUGAGAUUUCAUCCAAGUCUGUCCCGCCGUCCUCAAAGAGCCGACGCAAGUCCGCCCACACGGUUCUGCUGGAGGACGACAGUUCAGACGAUCCGGCGAACCGCAGAGACCUGGAGGACGGACGGAGGGGACAAGCCAAGAAAAGACGCCGGCUUUACAAAUCAGAGUCAGAGGUGUUUCAGCCCCCUCUGCCCAAACUGGAGCAGAACUGCCAGUCACAGAUUGACGUGAGCAAACACACCGGCGGCAGCAUUUUCAAUGUGCCGCCCAACCGGCAGUUCAGUCAUAUCCUGAACAUAUCGAGUCACACCAAAGGGAACGGCAUCAGUGUGAAGCCCUGCUUGUCUGGUCCUGGCAGGAGGCUGAGGGCAAACAGCUCUCCCGUAUUCACCACCCUCAGGAUGGGAAGUGAGAAUUACAACCUGACCUCCCCGUCAGCGAGGAUGAGCAAGACCGAGAAGGCCAGGGGAGUGAUUUCUCGCUUCCAGGCCUCGACUGGGCGACGACGUGGAAGGCCUAGAAAACACCCGCUGCCACAGCCUUCCUUGCCGUCUCCCUCUUCAUCAUCCUCCUCUAGCUCCACCUCUUCCUCCUCCUCCUCGUCAUCAUCAUCCUCUGAAGAUGAAGAGGUGGCGGUGUCUCAGGGUGUGGAGCCCUGCGCAGCGGCUCACUGUCGUCUCCCGCAGCAGGACACCGUGCAGUGGAUCCAGUGUGACGACUGCGACGCCUGGUAUCACCUCGACUGCUUACCACACAACCACAACCGAGACUCGCUGCUCUUAGACCCCAGCGCAGACUUCCACUGCGGCUGCCUCCGCGCCAGACACCGCUGAGGCCAGCACUCAGUCAGGACCGGCUCUGCUUCCUCUCCUUUAAUGCUUUUUAAUUAACCAAAUGCUCUCAAACAUUGUUGAUAUUACAAUCAGAUUCACAGGACUGACAGAUAAGUUGCUUCCUGGCAUUCACAGUGCAAAUCUCUGCAAUGAUGGCGAGUUGAUGUUUUCUGUGGAUGGUGCUAAUUGCUUUGAACAGUGAUUUGAACUGAUUUGGAUGAAAUGAGGGUGUUGGAUUUGCACAGCAGCUUCCAAGAGCAUCCAAACACGCUGCAUCCCAUUACAACACUGGAUGCUUUCUGACUGCUUCUGAUAUAUAUAUAUAUAUGUAUUCAAUAUACACAAGAAUGAAAUCUUCAAAUGCUAAAAAAUCUAAAUAAGAAUGAAUAUGAAAAUGGGAGUUUAUAUUUUUAGAAGAAUGGAUGAAUUGAGUCUUUGGAUUCAAAUAUUGAGGAGGGUUUCGCUGGGCUUUGUUAACUAGACACCGGUCGCUAAACAUGCUUUGCCAACAUAUUAGCUGGAAUAUAAUAUGUUAUCACUGAAUACUGUAUGUUUGCAAAUGGGCAAUGAGGAUAUAUAAUAUGCUGUCUUAUUCAAGGGUUUCAAAAGCAUUACUUGGACUUUUUUUGUAAUUUCAAAACAUUUAAUAACAGCUAAACCUCAAAUCACUCUGAACAUUUCUAUGGUCAUUUUUUAAAGGAAUAGUUCACCCAAAAAUGAACAUUUGCUGAACAUUUACUCACCAUAGGCUGUUUCUUCAUGUGAACAGAUUUGGAGAAAUUCAGCAUUUCAUCACCUGCUCACCAAUGGAUCCUGAAUGGGUGCCGUCAGAAUGAGAGUCCAAACAGCUGACAAUAAUCCACAAGUAAUCCACACCGCUCCAGUCCAUCAGUUAACAUCUUGUGAAGCAAAAAGCUGUGUGUUUGUAAGAAACAAAUCGUCAACAGGGCAUUUUAACUUUAAACCAUUGCUUCCGGCCUAUAAGUCUAUCCCCUGUUGUCUGUCACGUCAAAAUCCACCCACAUAUUUGUUUUGAACUGUUUUUGCUUGUAAAUAGUGCUUGAUCUGUGAGUUUUUCUCUCACGAUUUAGACAAGACAACUCAAUAACAGCAACGUUAUGAAAAGAGGACUUGCAUUUUAGCUGGAAGCAGCUGUUUGAAGUUAAAACAUCUUGAUGGAUUUGUUUCUUACAAACACUCAGCUCUUCACAAGAUGUUGAUGGACUGGAGCAGUGUGGAUUGCUUGUGGAUUAUUGUGAUGUUUUUAUCAGCUGUUUGGACUCUCAUUCUGACGGCACCCAUUCACUGCAGAGGAUCCAUUGGUGAGACAGACAUUUAAUGCUACAUUACUCCAAAUCUGUUCUGAUGAAGAAACAAACUAAUCUAUAUCUACACCUGAGGGUGAUAUGACAUUUUCAGCAAAUUUUAAUUUUUGAAUGAACUAUUCCUUUAAGCUUGACAUUUGAUUGCACACAUGAUUGUCAGCUGUUUCUUGUAAUUAACACAAGCUUCGUUUCUGAUCUCGACUAACACUGUGUAGUUGUAUCUGUGUAUAAGAAUAGAAUCUCUGUGGUAUGAAUGUUAAAAGAGACUUUCACUGUCUUCACUUUAACUCAACAUUCUAGAAAUGACAAAUGACUCCUGUCACAAUGUUUUGUCUUGUUGGGAAUCAAG